GGAAUGCUCUCUGCUGGAAACAGCGUAUCGGCCUCAGGCCGAGGAUCGUCGACUCCGUUUCUGAAUGAAGAUGCAAGCUACAAAGUUGUCCUCCCGCGUCUACCAACCGGUAACGAUGUGCUGAAUUCCAUUUUUCUUCAUGCGGACUUGAGUGGCAGACCAUACCGUGCUCCUGACUUCCGAGACGCUCUGCUUGAAGUAGUGGAUACUGCAGAUAUUAUAGGUGUAGGACAGUAUCAGAUGAGCCAUGUAUGGAUGGUUACCUGCGCUAGUAGUGCGGCGAAACAUAAACUCGUCGCCUGUGGUGAGCUCCGUGUCAAAGGACUGAAGUGCAUGGUGAUAGAUCCGGAGACUAAAAAUAUCAAGCUCAAAUUACUCUGGCUUCCGCCUCACCUUGAAGCUCGACGGGUUGAAGAGGCGUUCCAGGCGUACGGUCAGGUGAAGUCUGUCGAGAGAGAGGUGUGGAGAUGCACUGGUAUGGAACAGUGGGUGACGACAAACCGGGAGGUUUCCUUGGUGCUCAAGGAUACUGUCACCGUAAGCUCAAUACCACACAUUAUGUCCAUUUAUGGACACCAGUGCCUGGUACUUAUCCCCGGCAGGCCUCCGCUGUGCCUUCGUUGCAAGCGUGUGGGACAUGUCCGUCGACAAUGCAGAACGCCGAGGUGCUUGCAGUGCCACCGAUUUGGCCACUCGGUGGACGCCUGUGUAUCGACCUAUGCCAAUAAGCUUCGUUCUGGGCAACACAGCGCAGAAGAGCCCCAACUGGACCAUCUCAUGGAUGCUACAGAGAUAGUCGAUGCUACCGGAGAAGCCACAGGCGGCAUCAGGGACGAAGAACAGGAGUCUCCAGAGCCAAUGCCGAGCAGCCACAGCAUCCCAAGCGAAGCUACUGGCAAUAACUCGGUUUGCACACAUGACCUAGAAAACCUUAAAGAAAAGCCCCCCGAUGGCGACAAGGAAGAAGAGGCGAUGGACAGCAGUCAAGCGAGGAAGCGUCCGGCACCGUGCAACGAUGAAACAACGGGGAGUGCAGUACAGGCACCCGAGAGUGUGCCUUCUAGUGCUCAACGGGUUCCCUCCCCUGGUGAUGGUGUGCCGCGGCGGUUUUGUCAGCGAAGUAAGGAGAGUGCUAUAAAGAAGUGCAAAGGGAGCAAGACCACAGAUUUACCUGUGGCCAAGGGUGAUGAAGAACAAAAGCUUUAGGUGAGCAAAAUGGCUACCGCCUUCACCCUCCCCUUAUGUGUAGCGACACUCAACGUGCGUGGGCUGCGGAGUAUACGGCGUCAGCAGCAGUUACUCCAUGUGCUUAGGCAGCAUGAAAUUGAUGUUGGUGCAGUGCAAG